UCACCUAAACUAUAAACUAGCUUAUAGAUAUAAGCUAUUCUUUAAGCAUAUAGCUUAUGCCUUAUGUAAUCUCAUCUCUACUGUUGCUUCUCCAAUCUUUCAUCCAUUCUAAAUGGAAACCGUUUCUCUCACUUCUCAUAAUAUUCUUCUUCUCAAACACUCCUCUUCUUCAUCAUCUUCAUCUCCACAACAACACCAUCACCGUCAUAACCUAAUUCGCCACCGCAAUAAACCCAAAUCCUUUCAAAACCCCACUACAAAAAAACCAUUUUUUCACCAACCCAAUUCCUUACUUUCUCACAAUCAUAACAAACCCUCUUCUCUACCUUCAUUGAUGUUAUACUAUGCCGAAAAUGCCCUCUUUCAUCAAUCCCAAACCACAUGGGAACAACUCCUAAACAGUUCCUUCAACCCCUCUUUCAAUUUCAUUUCAAAAUUAUUCAAAUCAUAUACAAAAAAUCAAAACUUUGAUCAAAUCACCAACAUUCUCCAUUCUCUAAACUCCAAAAAUUCAACUUUAUUACCUCAAUUUUACUCAUUAGCAAUUUCCUGUUUUGGAAGUGCAGGAAACCUAAAAUUGAUGGAAGAAACAACCAUUGAAAUGGUUUCAAAGGGUUUUCUAAUGGAUUCCAAAACAGGUAAUGAAUUUCUUUUAUGCUAUGCUGUUUAUGGUAGUUUGAAUGAAAUGGAGAAUGCUUAUGGAAGGUUUAAGAGAUCUAGGUUUUUGAUUGAGGAAAAUGUGAUUAGGGCUAUGGCUUAUCGUUAUAUAAAGAAGAGAAAAUUCUAUGAAUUGGGUGAGUUUGUUAGAGAUGUUGGUUUAGGUAGGAGAAAUGUAGGGAAUCUUUUGUGGAAUCUUUUGUUGCUUUCUUAUGCUGCUAAUUUUAAAAUGAAGAAUUUGCAGAGGGAGUUUGUUAGGAUGGUUGGAUUAGGGUUUCGUCCAGAUGUUACGACGUUUAAUAUUCGCGCAUUGGCAUUUUCGAGGAUGUCGUUGUUUUGGGAUCUUCAUCUUAGUAUUGAACAUAUGAGAAGUGAAGAGGUUGUUCCUGAUUUGGUUAGUUAUGGUUGUGUUGUGGAUGGUUACUUGGAUAGGAAGCUUGGAAGGAAUUUGGAGUUUGUUUUGAAUAAAAUGGAUGUGGAUGAUCGUCCGAGAUUGUCGACGGAUCCUUUUGUGUUUGAGGUUUUAGGUAAAGGAGACUUUCACUUGUUUUCGGAGGCGUUUUUGGAGUAUAAGAGAGAAGAACAGAAAUGGAGUUAUAGGGUUUUGAUAGAGAAAUAUGUUAAGAAACAUUAUAGGAGGGACCAGAUAUUUUGGAACUACUAACACUUCUGAAAACCGAGUAGAAUCCAAGGAGAGAAUGGUAAAAAUUUACCGAUUUUCGGAUGAGGGUGUAAUCAUAUAUGGGUGAUUGAGCUGACUAGAAAGGUAUUUUGAUAACAAGAUGGUUAUUGAUGCAGAAAGAGUGCAAACUGUGAUGGUGGCUUUGGAAGGAAAGGUCCUUAGUUGGUAUCAAUAACGAGAAUUUUCUUGCAAAAUCACAUCCUUCUAUUUCUUGGGGAGUUGUUGAGUUUGAAACAAACAGACUCUGUAGCAGGUUUAAUUGAGAAGAUGAAGAGGUAUGCAGAAGAUUAUGGUUUAAAUAAAUCUACUAUGAGUCUAUGAUGUAUAUGGAAGUGUUCAACAUUAAAUAUGAGAGUUGGAACUCAACCUUGUGCAUGCAACAGCAUUUUUGAGGAAGAGUUUUGCUGUUCAUUGAAGUUCUUUUCAAUUUGAGGAAUUAGUCUCAGCAGAUGCUCGUAAAAGAUAUACAAGAAAAUUUUCAGCAUUAAAUAAUAUGGUAGUCUCUCCGUUCCAAAUUAAGUGUCACAUUUAGAAAAAACAUUUGUUCUAAAAUACUUGUCACUUUAGAUUACAAAUACAAUUUUAUAUUUAAUCUUCCAAUUGUACUCUCUAAUAAAUACUUUUAAUUUAUUGUUUUCUCACUUAACAUUAAUGCUAAUUUAAAUACAAGAUAAUUUGGUAAAGAUAAUUUGGUAAAGUUACUAUUCACUCUUUUAUUUAUUACUAUUUUUUAAUAUGGGACUGAGGGAGUAAUUAUGAAUAGGACAUCGGUGAGUUCCUUAAUCUUGAGAAGAUCAAUGUAUAAUUGUUUCAAGGUUGAAGUAGUAUUAGUACCUCCAGUGAUUACAUAAUUGAAAUGAGGUAGAAAUAUAAUUUUGUUGGUUAAAAUAUGAAUACUUUAUCAUGUGGUUUUAGUUUGAU